AUGGAAGUUUCUCCAGCUCCAACACCGCCUACGGACGUUACAACAAUGCCGCUGGCUUUUUGUAAAGUGAGUUUUGACAUUUUUUGAAUUUUUCUUUAGGUUUUUAAAUUUUUAUUGUUUGGUAACCUUUGAAUAGGUACCAUUGCUAUACUAGUCUUUAUAUUGUGAGGGCUUUGAAGCCUAUGUUUUGGUCAUUACGAAGACUUUAACCUUAUAUUUUAACUAACUAAACUCAAAAAAUCGCCAAAAACAUCAAAAAUUUAAGCUUUCCAGUCCUUUUAACACUACCAACUAAAAUUCAAAUACCGUAACAUAAUCCAGACCAAAUCAUCAGCCAAAAACAAGACACCAUAGUCCAUGCAAUCCGGUUAAAUUUACUCAAAACUCCUUGUUCUUUGAGUUUUAGAGACAUGUUUUUGAAUUCAGUAAUUUUAGUAGAUGUUUCACGUUUGUUUACACUCGACUAACCAACGCGGCCGUUACCGUGAGUUAAUCACGUUGUUAUAUAAAGAAGCGUUCCCUUCCCUACAACAAAAUUUUUCGUGAUUUAAGGAAGUUGCUUAAUUCAUUUGAUGCUGGUUUUACAGUGUUUUUCGUGAGGGUUUGCUUUACUUUUUGUUUUUGUGAGUUGUACAAUAGUAACGGUAACCAAAUUUGUAUGGCAGUGGUAACUAGGCGUAAAGAGUGGUGUACUAAAGCCAAAUUUUAGGCCAAAAUGAACGAAAGAGACCUUAUGCGCAUAACUCUUUAAGAAUAGGCCCUUAUACCUACCCAACAAACAGACUGUUUUCUGCUAUACAUUGUACAGUAUUCUGAAUCUGGUAUACUAAAAAUGACGAAGUGAAGCAAACUUUUGAUAUUUCAUCAGAAACAAAGGCAAAUUGCUAGAGUUUGACCCAUGUUGUUGUCUGAUUAAGAUGGUAUUUUUGUUGUAAUGUACUACCAUAAGUUUAACCAGACUUUAAAACAUCACCUAAAGCGGAAAAUGACCCUUGUUAUCGUAAUAAAGGUCAUUUUUCUUAGUUUAUCAAGCUUAGUCAUAAAAUUGCUCAUGUUGCCAUUAAAUAAUCCGCCUUUAUUAGGUUGUUCAGAUAAUUCUGAGCUUCUAAUCCCGAAAAUUUGCUUUGAGAGGGAGCACACAAUUAUUUGAACAACCUAAUAAAUCCAAUUUUUAAACUAUUCUAACAUUCUCCUUCACAUAACUUCCAAUCCUACCCUAAUCCCAAAUUUUCAGAUCCAAAAACCAUGUUCAAACAGCUAUUCCUUUUCCUACUGCUCGUCCUACUACCUUUCACAAUCGAUGCCAAACCCGCUCCACAGCUCGGAUUCGCGGAUUCCAGUAUGUCUGGUACGAUCCUAUCGCCUUGGGGUGGCGGUCUCGGCGGUUCUUACACUAACCCUUAUGGCAGCUUCUCAAAUUCGUAUAGUAGUGCAGGACGAUACAAUAAUGCGGCCGGCUUUUUGUAAAGUAAGUUUCGGUUAAGCGUGUUACGGGUAGUAAGCUACCAACUUUCAAUAAAUUUAAAGGCACCAACUAAUAGAUAAAAAAACGUCAGCUAAUCAAUAAUAAUCGAUAAGCGUUACGGAAACUUGUAAUAAUACUAAAAAAUAUGUUGAAGUAGCUGGAUUCAAAAGCUCAAAAAUGACCUCUGAAAAGCCGAAACUGAAGUGAAACCAGGUUCUAAACUUUUAGCAGACAUUUUGAAUUUUAGCACUCUGACAAAUUAAAUUAAAAAACAUUUAUCAGACAGCUUAAAUACAACUUCAAGUACGCAGAGUUCAAUCUCUUGCCAGUAAACAAAAACCCUAGCCUUACACGACAAUUUAGAGUUCAUCAUGGUAAAUUUUCACGUAGAAAUGAGUUAACUUUUUCGAAACAACCCAUACCUUCCUUGACCUCAUUCAUAAAAAUUUGCAUUAAAAUCCUUACAGGUCUUAAACACAACUUUAAAAAUAAACGAUCGAACUCAAAAUCAAAAUUGCCAAUUAUAUUACAGUUCUGUUUAUACAAAAACGUAAUGUUGUUACUCUUUGAGGUUCGAACUUUUUCGAAUUAAAAACAUUACUUAAGGAGUUAAAAUUAUUUCCACGUAGGAACGCAUCAAAACAACCUCUAAUUUAUCGUACAAGCCUACAUUGUUUACUGGCUUGAAAGUUAAGUACUCAAGACGGUAUUUAAGCAGUCUGUUAAGCGUUUUUUUAAUUUAAUUUGUAAGAAUUCUAAAAUUUUAAAGUCUACUGAAGGGUUUGGGCCUGGUGUCACCUUAUUUUUGGUUUUACAAAGGUUACCUUUGAGCUUCUGAAGUUAAGACGUUUAGGUUAAGACGUUUAGAGUAAUACCUUCUAAGUUGCCUAUAGACCAUUCUAGGUCUUACCUAUCGAUUUUAAAGGCCUCAUCUGACUAUUUUAGAAAUAUUACCUAUAUAUAUAAUCUAUUUGACAUCGACAAUACAGUAUCAUCUACAAUCUAUUGUACUCUAUCAACAACACAUUUAACCUCUUCCUAAUUUCAGAUCCCCGAAAUCUUCUCUAUACUGCUCCAAAUUUAG